CUGCUGAGCCGCUGUCCACAUGAAGCCACCAAUGCAGCCCCUGACCCAGGCCCUGCCCUUCUCUCUUAGAGAUGCCCUUCGAGGCACUGGCCUCCAGGUGCCCAUCAUUAAGAUGGGCACAGGGUGGGAGGGCAUGUAUCGAACCCUGAAGGAAGUCGCCUACAUCCUUCUUUGUUGCUGGUGUAUCAAGGAACUGCUGGAUUAAUGGUGGCAGGGAACACCCCCUGUCACCCCUGAUACCAAGACCUGCACCCCUCAGGUGGGGAGGGGAGGGCAGACUGUCAGGAGGUGUGGCUGCAGCUUCUGGGGUGGAACCUGCAGCCUAGCUCUCCCAUCUUUCCUAUAGCCCUAAGACUCCUGGAGCCAGCUGGCCUUCACCAAGGAUGGGCCACAAAGAACUGAAGAGUGAACCAUGAACCUUGCUCUGAGCUGUCCAUCCGUCUGACCUGCCUCAUCCUGGGGGCGUCUAUCCUCAGCUCCGGUGUCUGCUGAGCUCCUGGUACACAGGAGCUCCGCUUGCUGGUUCAGACUCCAUUGAGACUACAGCAGGAUCUAAUACUCCUCCAAAAUUGGCACAGCAAGAGCCCACCAACCAGCACCCCACGUACUUGAAGAGCCAGGAAUGGACUGCCCCUAAGAUACCUGGUAAUCACUCAACUAUAAAUAUAAUAAAUAGGCCUCGAGGCCAAAAAUUCUAAG